CAUGGGACAUUCAUCCAAAACCCUAAAUUCAUUUUUCGUUUCAAUUUUUUCAGCUCUCUCUGUUGAGAAAGCGAUCAGUGUAUCGAUUAGAUCACAUCGAUUCUUCCUUCCACUGCUUCAAUUACCGAUGGCGUCUCGGGGUAAUAAGCGGCCUUCUAUUACCGAUGGCGAUGAGAAUUUAGGCGUUCUAUCUAGGGUUUCUCGUUCCGUCUCUGAUUCCCAAAUCGUCCGGCGGGCGAAGAGCACAGCUUCCGACGCUGCCUUCGUUACCCAAAAACUCCUCCGUAGUACUGGUAAAGCUGCGUGGAUUGCAGGGACGACUUUUCUCAUUUUGGUGGUGCCGCUCAUCAUUGAGAUGGAUCGCGAGCAGCAGUUCAAUGAGCUCGAGAUGCAGCAGGCGAGUCUACUUGGUACUCCGGCCACUGCUGCUCCUAAAUGAUUUACUUGAUGGCUUCAGGUUAAGGCUACUCGAUGAUGUUGUUGCUGUUUAGGGUUUUUUAUGGGUUUUGGAUGUAAUUUGAUUGUGGAAUGUGGAUGGCGUACAAUGCCGUUCCUCUUUUCCUUUGAUUGGGUUUAGAGACUGAGGUUUUAGAGAGUUAGAGUUGUGUUGCAAAAUUAUAUGAAUGGAAUUCAGAAUCAAUUGAAUUUUCUUCUCAUAAAACUCUUGAUAGCUGUUGUAAACUUAUUUUAUGUUUGUUUCCUGUGAGAAAUUGCUUGAUGCUCAGAAAUCAGCAGAAAAUGAGCAUAAUUUUUUUCAUGCUCUAC